UGCAUUCCAAGCUAUAUUUUGAGUGUGAGGCAACGCUCAGUCCGUCUUUAGACGCGGCGCUGAGCGGACGUCCCUGUACUCGUGAUGUAUUCCGAGUAUAUUUAGGACCAUGGGCGCCGCAUCGGACGGCUUAGGUAUGGGGUGGCGCGCGCGCAUCGCCGCCAUGCGCGAGUCCCGCAAACUAGUGCUGGUGAUUGUCGCCAUAGCCCUGCUCCUCGACAACAUGCUUCUCACCACUGUUGUGCCAAUAAUCCCGGAGUUCCUAUACGACAUUCAACAUCCGGACGCGCCCCUAUCCAUGGCGUUGGAAGACAUCACCACACCUGUACCACCCACUGCACCCUAUUGCCCCUGCCUCAAUGUCACCAGCGUGCCACUGGAGAAUGUCACGCAUAUGAACAUCACAGCCCAGAAGGAGGCCCGGCAUCAGGAGCUGAUACACGAGACAGUGGCCGUCGGAGUCAUGUUCGCCAGCAAAGCUAUAGUGCAACUAAUAGCUAACCCAUUCGUAGGACCUCUUACCCACAAAAUUGGAUACAGUGUGCCCAUGUUCACUGGAUUCAUCUUGAUGUUUCUCUCCACGAUAAUAUUUGCAUUCGGCCGAUCCUACAGCGUGUUAUUCAUUGCCCGCGCGUUGCAAGGCAUUGGUUCAUCAUGCUCUUCCGUUUCGGGUAUGGGGAUGUUGGCUGAGCGAUAUCCAGAUGACAAGGAACGUGGUAAUGCAAUGGGCAUUGCUUUGGGAGGUCUAGCCUUGGGCGUUUUGAUUGGACCACCAUUUGGCGGACUCAUGUACGAGUUUGUCGGGAAAACAGCGCCCUUCCUCAUGCUGUCAGCGUUGGCUUUGGGAGACGGAUUGCUGCAACUUAUGAUCCUUCAGCCUGGAGUUGUGCGUCAGGAAACCGAUCCGCCGUCACUGAAAGCCCUCAUCACCGACCCAUACAUCUUGGUCGCUGCAGGAGCGAUAACCUUCGCGAACGUGGGUAUAGCUAUGCUGGAGCCGAGUCUACCCAUCUGGAUGGCAGAUACAAUGGAAGCACGUCGUUGGCAGCAGGGUGUCGCGUUCCUACCUGCCAGCAUCUGCUAUUUGAUUGGGACAAACCUUUUCGGACCUCUUGGCCACAAAAUGGGACGCUGGCUUGCCGCCUGUUCAGGACUAAUUAUCAUUGGAUUGUGUCUCAUUCUGAUACCAAUGGCCCGUAAGCUGGAACACUUGAUAAUCCCGAACGCUGGUCUCGGCUUCGCGAUUGGCAUGGUCGAUUCCUCCAUGAUGCCGGAAUUGGGUUUCUUGGUUGAUAUUCGUCAUGCUGCAGUUUACGGAUCGGUCUAUGCAAUUGGUGACACCGCGUUCUGCUUGGGAUAUGCUGUUGGUCCCGCAUUCUCCGGCACGCUCGUGAACAGUAUUGGUUUCGAGUGGAUGUUGGUAAUCAUCGCAAUACUCAACUUUGCGUAUGCGCCGGUCCUAUUGCUACUACGUUCGCCACCCGCUAUGAAUGAGAAACAGAGUUUGAUUAUCAGCGAGAAAUCAUCAGUUCGCUACGUGAGCUACCAAAACGAGGAUGAAGAAUAAAGCGGCCAUCUUGUCCGCCCCCACGGUCGCCAUCUUGUAACCCGCCCGAUUUAUAUUUAAUCUGUCAGAGGUAUGGAAGUAAUUUUAGACGUCGAAGAGUAUUUACGAUUGUAUAUUCCUAGUGUAGCCAGCUAUGACCAAUUUUAUAUUAGCUUAUUACAACAAAUAUACCGCUUUUUAUUGCAAAUGUGACUUUGACAAUAUUGUUUUAUCCCGUUUUGAGAAUUCAAUCACUCGUUGAUUUUGCACGUUUUAAUAAUUGGACCAAGAUGCAAUAUUUUGUAUAUGCCACCCUUAAGCUUGUUACGUAUACAAAUAGGAAUUGUAGUUGUCAAAUAUGAAUGCAUUAGAAUAUUUAAAUAUAUUAUCUAGUCAAGUACGUAACAUAUAUCAUAUUCAUAUAUUAUAUUGAAUAUUAGUCCUAGUAUCUAUAGCGACAUUUGAAACGUAGGUAAUGGAACUAUAUUUCACUACUGUAAGGCACAGAUUAACGUUGCAUUAAUGUAAAUAAUGAUUUCGCGCCAAAACAAAACUCAAAUGGUGAAAGAUGGAAUCAUUUAACGAUUUCAUCCAUAAUAACAAAAGAACGUCUAUAUAUUAUCGAUAAAAGUUAGAUCAUUUAAUGGCCAAUCGUUUCACUAAACUUAAAAAAUCGCUGCCUUUAUUUUGUCAGACCAACGACAAAGUCAUGAUAUGUAAUAUAUCUGUCCCUUUCUAUCUGGUAAUAAUGAAAGAGCUAGGUAUUGUGGUGUUUUUCUCGGACAGAUUAAACGUGCACUCCUUGUGUUAAUCUGUGACCUUUAAUCUUUCUAUUUACGUAUGGCUGCGUCAAGUAGAAAGGGAGAAGUGUGUUGAAGUUUGGUCUGUUACAAUCUUUUAUAUCUGUUAGAUUCAACGUUAUGACGGUUUUUGCUGAAUGAAUGUCAUGACGCCGUAUAACUUUUGAAGUAACACAACUUUAUACCAUUUAUUAGAAUUUAUAAUCAACAUAUAAAAUGUCUAUUGUAUGUAAUAUUCGUAUAGCUUUUAAUCAAAAUAUAUCAUAAUCUUAAAAUAAUUAAAUAUGACAAUUGACAAAAUCGAAGAAUUGAUUUGACAAGUCAAUUGUCAAAAUGUUUCGUAGUAUUUCAUUGUCAAAUAUCGUCGACAUGAAUCAUUUAAGUAGAUAUUUGAAUAAUCACAUAUACUUCCAUAAGUAGCUAUCUUUAGUCGAAUUCAUAAUGUAUUCAUAUUUGUAUUUUAGAUCUGUAAUACAAUAGCUGGUAUGGACCUUAUUUACUAGUAAUAAUAACCAAAAAUAUAUAUUUUUAUUAUUCGCCCAAAGGGCAGUCUUUCGACCAUAGAACUACUGGGUUUAAAUUUAAUUCCACAGAGACCACUAAAAACUGUAACUGUGUAAAGUUGUUGUCGUUCAACGUUACCACAGAUUAUACAAGACUUGUUUUAUUAUGACAAUAUUUAUAUCAAAUUUGAAUAUAUCUAUAUUAUAAUGUUUUUUAUAUAUUAUCUAGAUUAAGAAGCAGCGAACGCUGAAAGUGUAUGGUAGUAAUAAUAGAUUUGAAGAUAAUUAAUAUUUUAUUAAAAAUUUAAAUAGGUAAGAGCUAUUUUGUCGUCUAUAUACGCCUAGUUCCCAUAUUUUACCUACGGACCUUUGUAGACGCCGUGUUGAAACCGUAAAUUGAAUACUGGAAUCGGCAACUCGUGAUAGUUUUAGUGAUAUAUAUUGUGGAAUUUAUCAUUAGAUUAUUAAUGAAUGCUUGGUGUAAAAGGUGUUUUUUUUUAUUUCUCUAUAAAUGUGGUUGUCUUUGCCGUAUAUUGUUAAUGAAAUAGAUUAAAGUAAUGUCUAUCAUUUAAUGGUUUUUUGUUCAUA